AUGCAGCCAUCUGAGACACUUUCGCGUAUUUUCACGGAUCUAAAGAGCCGCGAUCGUGUCGUGCGUACGAAAGCCGGCAAAGAGCUCGGCAGCUUUGCCGCAUACAUGUCCUCGGAGCUCAAAGGCGAGCGGCUCCUUGCCUUCAGCAACGAGCUGAACCGGCGCAUCAUCGAGCUCACACACAGCGUCCACACCGCAAGCAAGCUUGGCGGCAUCACCGCCAUUGAGAACUUUAUCGGCCAGGAGAGCGACGAUAACAGUGCACGCAUGUACCGCUUCUACCAGUAUCUGAAGCCCAACCUCCCAUGUUCGGACCCCCCCGUGAUGAUCGCUGCCUCCAAAGUCCUGGGCCGCAUUGCCAAGUACGGCGGGCACGCACUGGGCGACCAAUUUAUCGAGUUCGAAGUGCUCCGCGCGCUCGACCUUCUCCAGGGCGAGUACAAUGAAAACGGGCGCUACGCUGCGGUACUUAUUGUCAAAGAAAUUGCGCGCAACGUGCCGUACCUCUUCCAUGUAUACGUCAUGCGUGUCAUUGACAAUAUUUGGGUCGCACUCCGCGAUCCAAAAGUCGCCGUGCGUGAGGCAGCGGCCGAGGCGCUCGGUGCGUGCUUCCAAAUUAUCUCGGAGCGCGAAAAGCAAAUGGGAACGCAGGCGUACGAGACGACGUACGACGAGGCCGAGCGCGGAUUGAAGGAUACGAGUGUCGAUGCAAUCCACGGGAGCCUGCUCGCCAUUCUAAAGCUCUUGCGCCACUCCAGGUCGUUUAUGAAGACGCGUCUGCACCGCACAUGCGAGCUCAUUCUCCGCCUGCACAAGCACCGCGAUCCACUGGUGAAGCGCACCGUGACGAAUUUGAUUCCUGUGCUUGCCGCAUACGACCCACAGUACUUUGCCAACGAGUACCUGAAACCCGUGAUGGCCGUGCUGAUUGAGCAGCUGCGCCGCGAGCGUGAUAAGUCGACCAAGGAGGCGUAUAGCGACACGCUCGAGGCCAUCGGCCUCGUCGCCACGGCCAUGGGCGCAGAAAUGAAACCAUAUGUCGGUCCGAUUAUGGUCUGUGCGCGCGAGAGCCUCUCGAUGAAAGGCAAGAAGAAUGCGCCGCCGGAAGCGCCGACCUUUUUUUGCGUUGGCCACCUUGCCACCGCAGUGGGUGCUGUCGUUGAGCACGACGUGCACGACAUGCUGGAUAUGAUGUUUGCGUGCGGACUCAGCGCUGCGCUCGUGUCGGCGCUAAAGCAGAUUGUGCACGCUAUUCCGGCGCUGCUGCCUAUCGUGCAAGACCGCCUGCUCAACAUGCUCUCGCACAUUUUGACUGGCGUGCCGUACCGCCCUCUGGGCGCGCCUGUGCCGCGACGCAGCGUCCAGCCCUUUGUCAUCAACCAGCAUCCAGACGCCAAGGCGGUUGAGACGAUAACCACCGCGCUGCAGACACUCGGCACCUUCGAAUUCAACGGCCACAUCCUCAACGAGUUUGUGCGCAACUGCACGCUGCCCUAUCUGGAACUCGAUCUGAAAGAGGUGCGCAAAGCCGCCGCUGUGACGUGUGCGCACAUGUUUGUGAACGACCCCAUCUGCUACCAAACGAGCAUGCACGCCUUGGAAAUUUUCAACGACGUGCUGGACAAGCUAAUCACGGUGGGCGUCGCAGACCCCGACCCAGAACUGCGCCACACGGUCCUGAGUGCCCUCGACGAGCAUUUUGACCGGCACUUGGCGCAAACCGAGUACAUUCGCAGCAUCUUUAUCGCGCUCAACGACGAGGAGUUUAGCGUGCGCGAAGUUGCUAUCGGGAUCCUCGGGCGUCUUGCAAAGCACAACCCCGCGUAUGUGAUGCCUUCGUUGCGAAAGGUGCUCGUCCAGCUGCUUACCGGCCUCGAGUACUCCACCGCGAGUCGGCUCAAGGAAGAGUCCGCAAAGCUCUUGACGGGUGUGGUAAAAGCCUCACAGCGCCUCGUGAAAAGCUAUGCGCCCACCAUUCUCGUCGUUCUCCUCCCGAAAGCAAACGACGUACAUCCAGGCGUGGCUGCGUGCGUCAUGGAAUGCCUCGGCGAGCUCGCGCGCGUCGGCGGCGAGGAACUUGCGCCGCACGUCGACGAACUUGUCUCGCUCACCGUCAACCAGUUUUCCAGUGCGCCUGUGCAUACCUUGGUUGCCAAGCGCGACGCGGCGCUCAAGACGCUGGGGCGCAUUGCAAGCAAUACAGCCCCGGUUGUGAAUCCAUACCUGCACUACCCCAGCCUCCUGGGCGGGCUCGUGAAGAUCCUCAAGACGGAGCAGUCGCCGCCGGUGCGCCGCGAGACGAUCCGCGUGCUGGGCAUUCUCGGUGCGCUUGAUCCCUACCGCCAUAAGCUUUUGGAGAACAAUGCGGAUGCGACGGCCACGGUCGCUGUCACCAGCACAGGGACGCCGCAGCAGACGGAUUUAUUUGAGCUGAUCACUGCCAUUGGAACCAGCAGCGAAGAGUACUACCAAAACGUAGCGAUCGACGCCUUGAUCCGCAUUUUGCAGGACCCCACGCUCCCUGCACACCACCACGCGGUGAUUGAAGCAAUCAUGUACAUGUUCAAGACGCAGGGGCUAAAGUGUGUUGCUUUUCUUCCCCAAAUCAUUCCUGCAUUCAUCAAAGUGAUCCGCAGCUGCGGCGGUGGUCUCUCCGAGUUUUACUACCAGCAGUUUGCCAUUCUGAUUUCCAUCAUUAAGCAGCACGUACGCAACUACUUGCAGGACAUCUUUGCCUUGGUGCAAGAAGAUUGGAACCCCAACUCGAGUAUCCAGCUCACGAUUGUCGGCUUGAUGGAGGCCAUUGCACGCGCCCUCGAAGGCGAGUUCAAAGCGUACCUUCCCAUGCUCCUGCCCAACUUUUUGCAGACCCUCGAAGGCGAAGUGACGUUGAAGCGCCAGCCAACGCUUUUGCGCAUCCUCCAGGCGUUUUGCGUGUUUGGGUCGAACUUGGAAGAGUACAUCCACCUCGUCCUUCCCGUCGUAGUGACGCUCUUUGAGCGGCAGGACGCACCGCUUGUCGUGCGCCGCGCUGCGAUCCUCACCGUCGGACAGCUCUCGCGCAAGGUCAACUUUGUGGACCACGCAUCCCAGGUGAUCCACCCUCUCAUCCGUAUCCUCCAGUCCAACACAACCGAGCUCCGUAACCCCGCCAUGGACACACUUACCGCCCUCGCCUUCCUCAUGGGCCAGACCUACACGACGUUUGCCUCGGUCGUGAACAAGACGCUCGUCCAGCAGCGCAUUCACCACGCGCGGUACCUCGCCGUGCUCUCUGCCAUUUCCGCCGGCGAGAAGCUCUCGGUGAGUCUGCUGCCAACCGACAUGCAAGCGCUCGACAAGUCAGAGGAGGCGCCGCAGGGCGAGACGGGCAAGAUGGCGGUGAACCAGCACCACCUCAAAGCAGCGUGGGACACCUCGCGCAUCUCCACCGCUCAGGACUGGCGCGAAUGGCUGCGGCGCAUGGCCGUGGAAUGCAUGCGCGAAUCACCCUCGCACGCGUUGCGUGCGUGCCGCAGCCUUGCAGAAGUGUACCAUCCGCUCGCGCUCGAGCUCUUCAACGCUGCGUUCGUCUCGUGCUGGGUGACCCUGUACGAUAGCUACCAAGAGAACUUGAUGCGCGCUAUCGAAGCAGCACUCGACUCGCAAGACAUUCCCGACCAGGUCGUCCACGCACUCCUCAACCUUGCCGAGUUUAUGGAGCACGACGGCAAAGCGCUCCCAAUCAGCAUCCAGCUGCUCGGCGAUCGCGCGUACAAGUUUCACUCCUAUGCCAAAGCGUUGCACUACAAAGAGGCCGAGUUUAUGAACGAUGCAUCGCCGCAGAUUGUCGAGCUCCUCAUCGACAUCAAUACCAAGCUGCAGCAGUCAGACGCAGCGUUUGGCACGCUGACCUACGCGCGCGAGCACAUGCACAUUACGCACCACGAAGAGUGGUACGAGAAGCUGCACCGCUGGGAAGACGCGCUCGUCGCGUACGACCGCCGCACAAAAGAAGAGCCCACCAACCACGAGAUUGUGUUUGGCAAGAUGCGGUGCCUGCACGCGCUCGGCGAAUGGGAGCAUCUUACCGAGCUCGUGCAGGAAAAAUGGCCCACGGCAGCGAGCGACGGGCGCAGACAGAUGGCGCCGCUCGCCGCUGCUGCUGCGUGGUCGGUUGGGCAGUGGGAUAUGAUGGACGAGUUCAUCGCGGCGAUGCGCCCCGAGUCCUCCGAGCGCUCAUUUUACCGUGCAGUGCUUGCCGUGCAUCGCUCGCAGCGCCACCAGACCAAGCGUCUUAUUGCGCGCGCGCGCGACGCUUUGGACGGCGAGCUCACCGCGCUCAUCAGCGAGAGCUACGGGCGUGCAUACGACCUCAUGGUCCGCACCCAGAUGCUGUCCGAGCUUGAAGAAGCACUCGUCUACAAGCAGGACUAUGCCGACCAGCCAGACCGCCAAGCGACGAUGCGUGCGAUUUGGAUGAAGCGUCUGCAGGGCUGCGAGCUCGACGUGGAAGUCUGGCAGCGGAUUUUGUCCGUGCGCAGCAUUGUUCUCACGCCCGCAGACGACACCGAUACAUGGAUCAAAUUUGCGAAUUUGUGCCGCAAGUCGGGGCGCAUGGUGCUUGCGGAAAAGACGCUCAACUCGCUGCUCGGUCCCGACGCGAACGCCGGCACGAUGGAAGCGUCGCUCGGCCCCAAAGCGCCCCCUGCGGUGAUCUAUUCGCACCUCAAGUUCAUGUGGGCGUGCGGCGCGCGCAGCGAAAGUUUGAGCUACCUGCGCGACUUUACACAGAACCUCGCCGAGGAUCUCGGCAUGGCAAGCCUCGACGAGAAGCAGAACUUGCUGAUGCCAGACAUGCGCGCCGCGCCGCGCCUCGCCGAGUUUGCGCGCCUGCUCGCGCGGUGCUACUUCAAGCUCGGCGAGUGGCAAGUCGCGAUGAACAACGACUGGGUCGUCGACGACGAUUACAACGUGAUUCUCUCGUACAGGCGCGCUACCGAGCUGGACCGCGACUGGUACAAGGCGUGGCACGCGUGGGCGCUGGCCAAUUUCGAUGUGAUUACGCACCACGAGCGCAAAGGCGAAGCGAUUCCGUUCCACAAGGUCGCCGCGGCGAUUGUACCCAGCGUCCACGGCUUCUUCCGCUCGAUUGCGCUUGCCAGCGGCAACUCGCUGCAGGACACGCUGCGUCUUCUGACCCUCUGGUUCAAGUUUGGCCAUUUGGAGCACGUCGCAGAGGCCGUCAGCGAGGGCUUCAGCACCGUCACCGUAGACACCUGGCUCGAAGUGAUUCCGCAAAUGAUUGCGCGGAUCAGCGCGCCAAGCGCGCGUGUGCGCCGCUUGAUUCACCACCUGCUCGCCGACGUCGGCCUCGCGCACCCCCAAGCGCUGGUUUAUCCCCUCACGGUUGCUACAAAGUCGCCGAGUACGGUGCGUAUGCAAGCGGCGAUGGGGAUUAUGGAGACGAUCCGCGAGCACAGCCCUGUGUUGGUCGAGCAGGCGUUGCUGGUGAGCAACGAGCUGAUCCGCAUCGCGAUUCUGUGGCACGAAAUGUGGCACGAAGGCCUCGAGGAAGCCUCGCGCCUUUACUUUACCGAGCACAACAUCGAGGGCAUGUUUGCGACGCUCGGUCCGCUGCACGACCUGCUCGAAAAAGGGCCCGAGACAUUGCGCGAGACCUCCUUUGCGCAGACGCACGGCCGCGAUUUGAACGAGGCGCGCGAAUAUGUGCGCCGCUACCGACAGUACAGCGAGAUUGGCGACUUGAACCAGGCGUGGGAUUUGUACUACCAUGUCUUCAAGCGGAUCACCAAGCAGCUCCCUGCGUCCAACUCGGUGCAGCUCGCGCUCCAGUACGUGUCUCCUAAACUGCUCGCGCUGCGCGACUUGGAGCUUGCUAUACCAGGCAGUUACGUGAGUGGCCAGCCGAUUGUGCGCAUCGUGCAGUUUGAGCCGAUCGUACUCGUGAUUUCCUCCAAGCAGCGUCCCCGCCGCCUCAAGGUCCGCGGCAGCGACGGGCAGACCUACCAGUACCUGCUCAAAGGACACGAGGAUAUGCGCCAGGACGAGCGUGUGAUGCAGCUCUUUGGCCUGGUCAACACACUGCUUUCCAUCGACACCGAGUCGUACAAGCGCCGAUUGAGCUUGCGCAGAUUUCCCGUGAUUCCUCUUUCGCCGAACACGGGCAUGCUUGGCUGGGUCGCUAAUAGCGACACGCUGCACAUCCUCAUCAAAGAGUACCGCGAGCAGCACAAGAUUCUUCUGAAUAUCGAGCACAGGCUCAUGCUUCAAAUGGCGCCGGACUACGACAACCUGACCGUGAUGCAAAAGGUCGAGGUGUUCGAGUACGCGCUGGACAAUACGCCGGGCCAGGACCUCUACCGCGUCCUUUGGCUCAAGUCGCGCAGCUCCGAGGCGUGGCUCGAGCGGCGCACGGUCUACAUGCGCUCGCUCGCCACAUCCUCCAUCGCUGGCUACAUUCUCGGCCUCGGCGAUCGCCACCCGAGCAACUUGCUCAUGGACCGCAAGACGGGCGAAGUAAUUCACAUCGACUUUGGCGACUGCUUCGAGAUCGCGUGCCACCGGCCCAAAUUCCCAGAAAAGGUGCCUUUUCGCCUCACGCGCAUGCUCAUCAACGCCAUGGAAGUGGGCGGCGUGAAUGGCACGUUUAAAAUUACCUCGGAGAAUACGAUGCGUGUGCUGCGCGAUAACCGCGAGAGUGUGCUCGCUUUGCUGGAGGCAUUUGUCCACGACCCACUCAUCUCCUGGCGCUUGGUCACAGACGCCGACGCCGAGCAGCGCGCGCCGGACGCCCUCGAGCACGAACUCGAGGCUUCUGGCGCCGUGCGAGGCAUCGAAGGCGAAGCCAGGAACCAGCGCGCGGUCGAGGUCGUGCAGCGCAUCCAGAACAAGUUGACGGGGCGCGACUUUAACCCAAACCUCACGCUCACCGUGCGCGAACAAGUAGAGCGGCUGAUCCAGGAUGCGACCGCAGUGGAGAAUCUCUGUGUCGCAUUCAUUGGAUGGUGCGCAUUUUGGUAG